UUAAGAUGGCGGACUCCUGUGUCAAUGCUUAACAUGUUAGGUAGUGUGUUACGGAAUAUUUACAGGACAUUUUAUAGGAUAUCUCAAAGGGAAUAAGUAUCAAAUUAAGUAGGGUGAUAACAUUUUGCAUAAUACUUAUUUCAGUUAAUGUGACAUUGUCGACAGCGAGGAUGAUAUCCAUCAUAAUAACAUUAGGUUCUGCUAGCAUGAUACAUGUAAAUAUGGAUGGAUAGCUAGCUACUGUAGCUACAUAUCUAAUACCGUUUAGUUUAUUUAUUUAAUCGACUUAGCUAGCUAGCUAUACUCGCUUGUGUUAAGCUUGUAUAGAAACCUGUCAAGGAUUUGCUUUAUAUUUGUUUAAAUUUUAAUUAGUAAAUGACCUUCAGCUGUAAAGAUGACAGUAAUUUGGUCUCGACUCUCGUGCAUCGUUUUGCUGAACCGUGGACAGAGGAACAUAAGUAUUUUCUCCAACACAACGCCUUCUAAUUGGAAUAAAGUGGUCUCGGAUGCAGAGAAAAUCGUGGGUUAUCCGACUUCCUUUAUGAGCCUACGCUGCUUGCUGAGUGAUGAACUCAGUAAUGUAGCAAUGCACGUGAGGAAACUGGUUGGAACAAAACACCCGUUACUCAACACUGCAAGGGGCUUCGUCUAUGACAGUAGAAAUAACCUUCAGAUGAGGGGCCUGGUGGUCCUACUGAUGUCCAAGGCAGCCGGUCCCAGCCAGCACACAGCCUCAGACCUCCUCCCCCAGGACAUGGUCAGCGGCAUCUACCCCAGCCAGCGGAACCUGGCUGAAAUCACAGAGCUCAUCCACACGGCCUUCCUGGUGCACCGUGGGAUCGUCAACCUCAAGGAGUGGACCAACUCAGACGGACCCCUGAAGGACAUGCAGUUUGGAAACAAGAUGGCCGUUCUCAGUGGGGACUUCUUGCUCGCUAACGCCUGCACCGGACUGGCCCAGCUAAACAAUACUAAGGUUGUGGAGUUGAUCUCGAGUGCCAUUGGUGACUUGGUGCAGGGAAUCUACCAUGAGAUGCCCAACAGUUUGGAGGACAAUAGCCUGACUGAUGACAUCAACAUGGUCACGUGGGAGGAGCAGAGGUUCUUGUCCCAUGGUGCCUUGCUGGCGAAAAGCUGUCAGGCAGCGAUGGAGCUCGCCAAACAUGACAAAGAUGCCCAAGGACUGGCCUACAAAUAUGGCAAGCAUCUAUCACUGGGCCACAAGUUGAACUCUGACCUGCAGCCAUUUGUGAAGAGCAAUUCAGCAGACCCAGUCACCUUCAGUUUGAACUCUGCCCCUGUGGUUUUCCACCGGCAGAUUGUGGGGCAGGAGAGAUGGCAUCAUCAGCUGCAACAGGCAAAAACUAUUGGAACUAUUGACUAUACAAAGCUGCGGUCCACAAUCAAGUUGGAGGAAGGUGUCAUCUCGACAAUGGACCUGUGUCGUUACCACGGCAACAAAGCUCUGGAGUCCAUCCAGUGUUUCCCUUCCUCUGAGGCACGCUCAGCCUUGGAGAACAUCGCUAGCACUGUCACAAAGUUCUGACCCCCCGCCAUUCCCUUGUGGCCUCAGGACAAAUUGCACAAUCAAUUGAUGCUCAAACACACACACAAGAAAAACAAUCUUUGUUCUAUUUAAGCCAAUCAGUGAGCAGAACACUCGCAAUGACCCUUCCCCUCAGUCCUAUAGAUGUUUACCAGAAAUUAAACUACAGAUUGCACCUUUUAAAACUCAAUUUAACUGUUUGCUAUUAAAAUAGUUCACAUCCAGUCA